CUGAGCGGUGCGUUCGCCAGUUUGUUCGGUUGUUGUUCCCCAUCUCGCAGCGAAGACAAAAGAGAAGAAUCGUUUCAAAAUGUACCAGCGUCAGGUCUCCUUUGAUAAGCCAACGCGCAUUGAGGAUUCGGCGUAUAUUGCCGAGGGUGUGGAUAUUCAGGAGGCCAGGAAUACCUGUCUGCUGUUCUCGCCGAAGGACUCGUCUUUGUCCAGUGGUGCCCUGGCCAAUAUCUUGGCCAUCUUCAAGAAGCACGACAUCAAUCUGGUGCACAUUGAGUCCCGGUCCUCGCUUCGUGUCCCUGGCUAUGAGUUCUUCGUGGAGUGCGACGGCAAGUCCGGGGCCCUGGGCAGGGCUAUUGAGGAUGUGAAGGGCCAGUGCAGCUAUUUCAAUAUCAUUUCGCGUGACUACAAGGACAAUGCCACGGCAGUGCCUUGGUUCCCAAGGCGUAUACGCGAUCUGGAUCGCUUUGCCAAUCAGAUCCUCAGCUAUGGCGCCGAACUGGACUCCGAUCAUCCCGGAUUCACCGACCCGGAGUACCGCAAGCGCCGCAAGUACUUCGCGGACAUUGCCUACAACUACAAGCAUGGCGAGACUCUACCCCAUGUAGAGUAUUCCAAGGAGGAGAUCGAGACCUGGGGCAUUAUCUUCCGCAAUCUCUCGAAGCUCUACAAGACCCACGCCUGUCGCGAGUACAAUCAUGUCUUUCCCCUGCUGGUGGACAAUUGUGGCUUCAGGGAGGACAAUAUCCCACAGCUGGAGGAUGUCUCCAACUUUUUGAGGGACUGUACUGGCUUCACCCUUCGCCCUGUGGCAGGGCUGCUCAGCUCCCGCGAUUUCCUCGCCGGCCUGGCCUUCCGCGUCUUCCACUCCACUCAGUACAUUCGGCAUCCCAGCAAGCCCAUGUACACCCCAGAGCCCGAUGUCUGCCACGAACUGCUGGGCCACGUUCCCCUCUUUGCCGAUCCUGCUUUUGCCCAGUUCAGUCAGGAGAUUGGCUUGGCUUCCCUCGGAGCACCAGAUGAUUACAUUGAGAAGCUCUCAACGAUCUUUUGGUUUACUGUGGAGUAUGGCCUGUGCCGUCAGGAGGGUGAGCUGAAGGCCUUUGGUGCUGCUCUGCUCUCCUCCUACGGCGAGCUGGAGUACUGCCUGACGGAGAAGCCCAUGCUGAAGGACUUUGAGCCAGAGGUGACUGGUAUUACCAAGUAUCCGAUCACACAGUUCCAGCCCCUCUACUAUGUGGCCGACAGUUUCGAGAGUGCCAAGGAAAAGACUAUUAAAUUUGCCAACUCGAUUCCACGUCCGUUCGGUGUCCGCUACAAUGCCUACACGCAGAGUGUCGAAGUGCUCGACUCGAAGCCGCAGAUAUCGAAUCUGAUGAACAACAUCAACUCCGAGUUCCAGAUUCUUCAGAAUGCCAUUGUCAAGCUACGUGUCUGAAUUCCAUUCUAUUUUAUACUAUAUACUCUACUAUACUAUACUCUCUCUAUCUAUAGAUCUUUGGGAUUUUUAUGUAUAUUUGUAUAUGCUAAAUAAAUAAUUACGAAAAGUGUA